AGUCGACGCGUAGCACUCAACACGAACAAACCGUUUGGCAGCGUAUCUGUAAGAUACGACGUGACGAGCACAUAUAUUCGUUAUAUUUUGUAAAGCUACAAAAUGCAUAGAGCACACACGGCCUUCAGUCUGGCGUUAUCGCCCAUGGCGCACAAAAACUUUGCCACAUGGCUGCUCAGCAGCAACAGCAGUCAAAAGCUGAUCAAGGCCACCGCCGCUGCCGCCGUGCGCACCUACAAUUCGGCGGCCGCCGAGCCUUUCGCCAAUGGCAGCACCGCAUCCUACGUGGAGGAGAUGUACAAUGCCUGGCUGCGUGACCCCAGCUCUGUGCAUACCUCCUGGGAUGCAUACUUUCGCAGCAACUCGUACGUGAGCCCGCCCAAUUUGGCGCCCGUGCAGGCGAACACGCUGCCGCUGUCGGCUUUCAAUUUGGGCGGCGCUGUCAGCGCUGCGCCCGACUCCAAGACCAUUGAUGAUCAUCUGGCCGUGCAGGCCAUCAUCCGAAGCUAUCAGUCACGUGGUCAUUUGGCAUCUGAUCUGGAUCCGCUUGGAAUUUUAACACGCGAAAAAACCGUUUGCAAGGAUGGUCUUGCACGUCGCGCUAAUGAGGAUGUGCUCAGGCAGCAUUCUGGGUUUUUGUUUGGCGAGCAGGACAUGGAGCGUCAGUUCAAGUUGCCCAGCACCACAUUCAUUGGAGGCGAUGAGGCUUCUUUGCCCCUCAAGGAAAUUCUGAACCGUCUGGAGAAUGUUUAUUGCAAUAAAAUUGGUGUGGAGUUCAUGUUUAUCAACUCCUUGGAGCAGUGCAACUGGAUUCGCAAGCGUUUCGAGACGCCGGGCGUGCUCAACUUUACGCCAGAGGAGAAGCGCCUGAUUCUGGCACGUUUGACACGUGCCACAGGCUUUGAGGCCUUCUUGGCCAAGAAAUACUCAUCGGAGAAGCGUUUCGGUUUGGAGGGUUGUGAAAUUAUGAUUCCGGCCUUGAAGGAAAUCAUUGAUGUGUCCACCGAGCUGGGCGUGGAGUCUGUCAUCAUGGGCAUGCCACAUCGUGGACGCCUCAACACGCUGGCCAAUGUCUGCCGCAAGCCAUUGAAUCAAAUCUUUACCCAAUUUGCUGGCUUGGAGGCCGCUGACGAUGGCUCCGGUGAUGUCAAGUACCAUCUGGGCACAUAUAUUGAACGCUUGAAUCGCGUGACUAACAAGAAUAUUCGUCUGGCCGUUGUGGCCAAUCCCUCUCACUUGGAGGCCGUGGAUCCUGUCGUCCAGGGCAAGACACGCGCCGAACAAUUCUAUCGCGGCGAUCAGGAGGGCAAGAAGGUUAUGUCCAUACUUAUUCAUGGAGAUGCCGCCUUCUGCGGCCAGGGUGUUGUCUAUGAGACGAUGCACUUGUCUGAUCUGCCCGACUACACGACUCACGGCACCAUCCAUGUGGUGGCCAACAAUCAAAUUGGCUUCACCACGGAUCCACGUUUCUCGCGCUCCUCGCCCUACUGCACGGACGUGGCGCGUGUCGUCAAUGCGCCCAUCUUCCACGUCAAUGCUGACGAUCCGGAGGCCGUGAUGCAUGUGUGCAAGGUGGCCGCCGAGUGGCGUGCCACCUUCCACAAGGAUUGUGUCAUUGAUUUGGUUGGCUAUCGUCGCAACGGACACAACGAGAUCGACGAGCCGAUGUUCACGCAACCGCUUAUGUACCAGAAGAUUCGCAAGCACAAGAACUGCUUGGAUUUGUAUGCUGAUAAACUGAUUGCCGAAGGCACCGUCACCGGCGAGGAGGUCAAAUCUGUGGCCGCCAAGUACGAGAAUAUUUGCGAGGAGGCGUUUGCGUUGGCCAAGACCGAGACGCACGUCAAGUACAAGGAUUGGUUGGACUCGCCCUGGUCUGGCUUCUUUGAAGGCAAGGAUCCACUGAAGGUCGCGCCCACUGGUGUCAAGGAGGAGACUCUGAUUCACAUUGGCAACCGUUUCUCUUCGCCACCACCAAAUGCCGCUGAAUUCGUUAUUCACAAGGGUCUCAUGCGCGUUUUGGCCGCUCGCAAGGCCAUGGUUGAUGAGAAGGUCGCCGAUUGGGCUUUGGGCGAGGCCAUGGCCUUUGGCUCCCUGCUGAAGGAGGGCAUCCAUGUGCGCCUCUCUGGCCAGGAUGUUGAGCGUGGCACUUUCUCGCAUCGUCAUCAUGUGCUGCACCAUCAGCUGGUGGACAAGGCCACCUACAAUUCGCUGCAACACAUGUAUCCGGAUCAGGCACCCUACUCCGUCUCGAACAGCUCGCUGUCCGAGUACGCUGUGCUGGGCUUCGAGCAUGGCUACUCAAUGACCAAUCCCAAUGCUUUGGUCUUGUGGGAGGCGCAAUUCGGUGACUUCAGCAACACGGCGCAGGCCAUUAUCGAUCAGUUCAUCUCCAGCGGUCAAUCGAAAUGGGUGCGUCAAUCUGGUCUGGUCAUGCUGUUGCCCCAUGGCAUGGAGGGCAUGGGCCCGGAGCAUUCGUCGUGUCGCCUCGAGCGUUUCCUGCAGAUGAGCUCCGAUGAUCCCGACUACUUCCCACCCGAGUCGGAUGAGUUUGCGAUCAGACAGCUGCACGACAUCAACUGGAUUGUGGCCAACUGCACAACGCCUGCGAACUACUAUCACAUUUUGCGUCGCCAAAUCGCCUUGCCCUUCCGCAAGCCAUUGAUUCUGUGCACGCCCAAGUCGCUGCUACGUCACCCGGAGGCCAAGAGCCCCUUCAGCGAGAUGAGCGAGGGCAGCGAGUUUCUGCGCAUCAUACCCGACCGCGGACCAGCUGCUGACAAUGCCAGCAAUGUGAAGAAGGUUGUCUUCUGCACGGGUCGCGUUUACUACGAUCUGACCAAGGCACGUACCGAGAAGCAGCUGGAGAAGGAGAUCGCCAUUGUGCGCGUGGAACAGGUGUCGCCGUUCCCCUUCGAUCUGGUCAAGGAGCAGGCAAAUCUGUACAAGAACGCCGAGCUUGUCUGGGCACAGGAGGAGCACAAGAACCAGGGCUGCUGGACCUAUGUGCAGCCGCGUUUCCUUACCGCUCUCAACCACAGCCGUGAUAUCAGCCAAAGCGAUGAACAAUCCACCUUCUCCAAUACAACUACUACUACUACCACUGAUAAUACUAAUCAUGAAUCCGAUACCGACUCCGAUUCUAACUCCGACAAAAAAUCGAAACCGUGGCUAAGUCGCAUGUUCGCCAGCGAUAAAGGUGAUACUGUUGCAACGGCGACAAGCGCCACGGGCGAGUUCAAUGCCGCCAAGCAUUUCGAUUUAAAGAACGUACGUCACGAUUUCAAUAGGCCCGCGGGCGAUGCGGCCGCGCCGGGCGUGCGCAAGACAAAAACCGGACGUAAAAUUAGCUAUACUGGACGCGCUUGUGGCGCCUCCACGGCCACCGGAUCCAAGGCCCAGCACAUUCGGGAGCUGAACGCGUUGCUCAACGAUGCGAUUUCGACUUAAGGCGCCAACUGGGAGAUCUGGCUAGAUGAUGAUUAUGAAGAAACAGAAGAGCAAGAAGCAGAUGCAGUUGAAAUGAAUAUUAAUUAUGAUUAUAUAUAUUUUGUAAUAGAAACGUAUGCAGACUCUUUGAUACGAUUUUUUCUGACGAAAUUGUUAAGUGCAUUGUGUGAAAGUAAUGAAAUUUUAAAUAUUAGUUUAGUGAAAUUGAUGAAAAUGAUGAGCAAAAUCCAACAAGAACACGAAAUGUUUAGUGUUUAGCGUAAAAACAAAUCCAAACAAACAAAAAAACAAAAACAACAACUUAAAUCCAAUCACAACAAAUCUUUAAAGUAAAGAAUUCAAAUUCUAGUAGAUAAAAUACAAAUACAAAUACACA